AUUUUCUUUCUCUCUAUUUUCAGUCUGAAAAGAAAAACCUCAAGGAAAAUUUUCCACGAACUUUAUAACUCCAAGAGAUUUCAAUUAAGAAUCUUUAAAACUCCACAAACAACAAUGGCAACACUUUAUUAUAAAUACAACUCUAAAGCAGUAUUCUCGUUAAGUUAAGCUAAGUUACGAACCCACUAAACACUAAAUCGUUCAACAGAUAUUUACCAAGAAAACUUCCUAAUAAUAACAUUCAACAACAAAAAAAAAGACCUUUCCAAGUAAUGUUUGGUCUUUUGAAUACUACACAAAUCUAUGGCAUACAACAACAUCCAGAACAUGAAACACAACUUCAGUUAAAUGUCGCUUUAGCCACGCCCCCUACCCAAACAAACAAUUCACCAACAUUACAACACCCUCAACCCAUACAACGUAGAACUAGUUCUUCUCUAUCCGAUAAUGGUAAUAGAUUUUUUGCUUCUAUAGCCUCAAAAAAUCCCACAAAUUUUAUAGAGAAAUUUUUAAAAACCGAUCUCCUAAGUACCUAUGAUAAUAUCAAAAAUUAUCGUAAUUAUUCAAAUACCACAAAUCACACCCACAACAAUAACCACAACAAACGUAAUUCGGAUCCUUUAUAUACGGAAAGUAGCAGUAAAUUAACUUCUUUCAAUUGUUUGCAUGGCAGUUAUCGUCAUAGUUUUGAUGGUGAAUUUUAUGAUCGUGUCAAAGUAAAUAAUCAUCAUAAUAUAAGCCACAACAGUAAUAAGGAUUCUAAAAACGAGGAUUUGCCUAAAACGGCUGAAAUGACUAUAAAGUGUUCGAAAAAUUUAUUAGCUGUUGAACCAGUCGAACAGGGCCCGGCCACUUUACAAAAUUAUCAGAAAAUACCCGAAAGUGAACAUGAUCUGCUGGUCGAUUCGUUAGUUGCAUCGAGUGGUGCCAGUUCGGGUGAGUUUAAUAGUAGUAGUGAUGCGACUACGACAACAACAACUGGUAAUAGCAGCAGCAGCAAUAGUAUCUCAUCGUCGUUGUCUUCAUCGAAUCUUUAUAAAAGACUUUCUUUUGGCGGACGCAAUUCACAGAAUACGCAGAAACAGGAAAAUGGAGAGUGUAAUGCGCAGGCGCAACAGCAGCAACAACAAGAUGGGGUUACUGAUAACUCUAUUACACUCAAUUUAUCGUCAUCCAUAAUACCCUGCUUGAAAGUCGUCGAUCUACAGCGCAGCAGUUCAUCUACUUCUUCCUCGGGAGAUUUCCUAGGUAAAAGGGAGCGUAAGAAAGGCGCCAUGACACCUCAGCCGGAAAAGACACCUUUGGCAAAUCUUUUAUCACCCUCCUCAAACUCCUCAGGUACUCUACAUUCCCACAGUUCCACACCCAUUUCAGCAGAAAAGGCUCAACGACGUAAACUAUUGCAAAUGUUAUCGAGUUAUGAUCAACAGAAUAAGUUUUUGCAACGUGAAUUGGCCAAAGAGAAACGUCGACGUACCGAGGAAUUGGCCUGUGUGGUAAAGUCGUUAUUGUGUUUUGAGUCUAAAUUAAAAAACGAUAUGAAAUCGGUCAAUCAACGUUUACAAGAGAAAGAUGUGGAAAUUUGCCGUUUGGUUAGACAGAAUAGAGCUUUAAGUAAGAAACUGACGAAACUGCAGGAAGAGGCAAGAGCUAGUGCCCAGGAUGAGGGUGUUGUCGAGGAUGGUGACAAUGAAGAUGAUGAUGAGGUUGUUAGUGGUAAUAAGGAGACAAAAGAUUUACUCGAAGACUGUUUAGUUUUGGAAGCCUUACAAUGCAUCAAUUGCAGAAAGCAAUUCUAUGACAUUGAGCUAACAGACAACUGCACACAAACAGGAGUGGGAAGCGGCUCACUGAAGGAUUCAAAUGGCAGUAGAAAUAAUGAUGAUCCCACAACUGAACACGGCUCUUCGAGUGAUGAUACAGUCUCAUCAUCGUUUUUCGGAGCCAGACGCAGUGUACGCUAUACUAGCAAACGAACCUCGGGAACAUUUCGCGACUAUAUGCGUUCCCGAGCCAUGAACAUUGACGAUCCAGCCUUAGAGGCCGACAACAAUUCCGAAGAAUAUCCUAGCACUAUAAGUCGUGAUGAUUCCCAGGCGAGCUAUGAAAAACUCAAUAUCUAUUCGAGAACGAUGGAACGUAUGCAUGGUGUUAAGAGUGAAAGUGAACGUGAUUCAGAGCAGAGUGGUUUAGAGACAACAUCCUCUUCGGUGACACGUUCAAAUUCAAGAGCCAGUACAAAAAGUUCAAAGAGCACGAUUAGCACCGCCACCAGCAAGGCCAGUGAAAUGAGUCAGAAUCUAGAGGAAGAUGAUGGCAUAUUUUCACCUACUCAGGAUGAAGAUUUUGAGGAGGAAAUGGAGGGUAAGCUGAAGAUUGUGAGAGGUCGAGCUAUGGAAGCUUUUUCGGAAGCUUCACCCAAACAAAUAUACGAAACCUCUACAGAUGAUUGGUAUGCUAGUGCUUCGGAUCAAGAGGAAAUACCCGGUUCUGUGGGUGCCAAAUCCUAUGGUCAUGGUGCUGUCAAUCCCGUGCUAGAAUGUGUCAAUCAAAUUCUCUUACAGCAAAGUAUGGAAGGUGUAGAAGAAAGAUCUCAAACUCCCCAAAAUUCUACCACACUACCCAGACGCAGUUCAUUAAGUGAUAGACGCAAUCAACGCAGCAAUAGUCGAGCUAGUGAUGGUGCUACACCCAAUUCCCGUAAUGGUACUUUAACACGCAAACGUGUACAUUUCUCUACGAAAAACAGUAUGGUACAUGUGCCACGCAACGAUGAAACCGAAGACGACGAGGAGGAUGUUGGUUGCGAAUUGAAAACCACAAAUAUGAUCUCAAAUUAUCAGGGUAUGACGGCGUAUAUAACACAUUCACCGGCCUUAGAUAACAGCAAUCAAAGUGAACGUUUGGAAAUUUUUAAUUACGAAAGUAUUUACAGUAAUGAAUAUGAACCCAUAGGAUCAGAGUUAAAUUCCUCAAAUUUAUAUGUAGACAUGGAUUCAAAUAAUAAAACGAGUAGCUCUGCAACAGAGAUUAACAGCAGCAAAGCUAAUAAAUUGCCGCCAGCCUUGCCACCUAAACCAGCUAAUUUGCUUAAGUUUAAGAAAUCCUUGCAACAACUCGAUGAAUCACCCGAUGAGUUGAUAGAGGCUCAUAAUAGCGAGGUCUUGGUAGAGCCUGACUAUUGCUCGAUAUCUGAGGUGAAUGUAGGCAUAACUAGUGUACAAAUUCGGGCUGAUAUACAUAGAGCUCCCUUGUCGGAACGUGAUUUAGAAUCGGUGAUAGAACAGGAUAAUGAUUUAGAUGCUGCCACGGUGAUAUCCGAGGCAGCCUCACAAAAGACUGAAGAAAUUGAAGAGAUUUUUGCUGAUAUACCAAAGUUACCCAAUGUGGCUGCCAUUAUAGCUCCUAAAUCCUCCUUAAAACAAAAUGAUUACUUAAUAAUGACACCUAAAGGUGAGCCCACAAAAAUGGGUAUUAUGGGCUUAAUGCCCAAUGCCACUAGUUCGCCUAAUACAUCGUUAACACUUCAUAACACCCCCAGCAGCAAUAAACCAGAUCGUAAUUCCUUGAAACUGAAUUUAACUCCCAUCAAUGGCAUAUUAAGCAAUUCCUUAAAGUCUAACAAAGUGGACACCAGCUUGAUGAGACCUCAAAUCAGUUCGGCCAAUUAUCAACAACAAUAUAAACGUAAACAUAUGCCAAAUAUUUUACAAGAAAUCAAUAAACGUUUAAGUUUACCUAAUUCUCCCCUAACGCCCACUACACCUAAAUCCUCAUUAUAUAGCAAAUCCUCUAAUGACAACGAAACUCUUACCAGUUUACCUUUACAAGCCGAAUUUGAUUGGUAUAAUUUAGAUGCUGAAUAUGGCAAAAAUACUCAAUCCGAUUUGCCCAAAGUUAAUGAAGCCCUCAAUACCGUCAUGCCCACCCUAUUGGCUGAUAUUAAAGAAGAUGGUGAAAGUUUAAUAACCACUGCCGAUGAGUACAAUUUAGAUGAGGAAUACAGCAAUGAAAUAGAACAGGAACAAAAUGAGGAAUCAAAAAACUCUAAUAAAUUAUAUAUCGAUUCAGAGACCCUUUGUGAAGCCAUUAAUCCCUCCUCGCAUAAGGCUAAGAAAAUACGCAAGAAUUUAGCAAAUUUUGAGAAAUUUAUAGAGAAUACUUCACUCACUAGCAAACCAUUGCCUACGAAACGUAAAAUCUAUUUUGCUGGACCUUUUGUGUGAUAUGUUGUAAAGAAAUAUUUUUAAAAAUAAAUUAAAAAAAAAAAAAAAAAAUUUGCAAAAUUUUUUUUCAAAACUUUUACC